AUUUAUCUCGUCUCCCCUAUCCAGGGUCGACAACUGGGAAAGUCCAUCGAAGGUCGAAUGUUGACGAGAACUUCGUACAAAAUUGAUAUUAUGUAGUUUUUGCAAAACAAAAAAAUAAUUAGAUAGAUGUAAGGAUUAUUUUGCGAUUCACUCAGUGCAAAGCUCAACGUGACAUGGAUCGUCCAAUUAGCAAAGUCGUUAACUCGGUGUUUUUUUCUUUUAAUCCUAUUAGCAGUCACGAACUCGUUAUUAUGUCCGGAAGAAUGUAUACCAUCAAAUUUAAGUUUAUCCACCAUAAUUGUCCUAAACGCUCUGUACAUAAUGAUAAAAAUGCUAAUCAGUUAAAUUAGAUUGUAUAUUAUCGUUGGCUACACACAUAAUCGCAAAUAUUACAAAACCUGUUGUUACACAAAUGCCAGAAAUUAUUUUAAAAACGCGUUUUUAGCUCCGAAAGGUCAGGCGCUUUCAUGUGCUCCAAUGUAAGGAUCAAUGAUGAGCACGUGCGACUUUAAGAAGCAGGUCAUGUCUCUGCUGGCAGUCUCUCGUCCGUGACACUGCCGGCUGCAAAAUAAUUACGUUUCGUCACGAAUUCUCACAUGUUUACUCGCUAUUUUUCUUUCUAUCUGCAAUAGAUCUCGCUUCGGUUUUUACACUUUUCGACGGUUUCGAGCAUAGACGAAUUAUCGAAGAUGAGAUGGCACGAGUUGACGUCUUCGUUUAUUGAUCCAUAGUCCGACAUGUGCAGUUUUUUAUUUGCGCAUGUUUUGACAAGAAGCAAAAAUUUUCUGUUUAAAGUGUCAUUGACGAUGUUACCAGUUGAAGCUUGAAACAAUAUGUCAGUGUUUGUUCGGAAAUUAAAUGUCAACUAUUCUCCGGAUUGUUUGAUUGUUUGAAGAAGGCGGAGGAGCUUGUUAUCUUUGACAAUGUCGACGUUGCAUAUUUUAAAUUUUAGUGUAUUUUGGUAUAUGCACUCCCGACCUCCAAUAUCCACCAGGCAAGGUCAACACGCCCGCUUACCCUAAUUUCAAGCUGCUUGCCACCACCAUAUCGGCAGAGGAGAGGAAGCCGAAUAACAGGUGCUCUAAUAUAGAGGAGACAAAAUCGAUUCGGUCUACCUCAAGACGCGCUAUUGUUACAUGUUGUUUUCAAGUCCUGCUUACAGCUGAAUAGUAACAUUUCCCACUAUGAAAUUCCUAUACUAGAAUGAAACUUCCUUCCACGCUAUUUCCUCGAAUAUCCUAAAAACAUUAACCCCCGCUUCCGUAUAUAUGUAUAUAGCACCACGAUCGGAGCGUCAGGUGAUUUUCCAACGGCUUUCGCGGGCACUAGCCCCGUUGCUUGGCAACGGCCAAUCAGCGCGCGUCUUCGCUCCCCCCAUUACCGUUGAGCCUCGAGGAGGCCUAAGGCCCGCGAGCAAAACAGUGCGCGGUAUUUGGCGUGGGCGAAGCGUGUUUUGGAAUGCUGUCAAGACAACGACUACUUUUGCAUGGAUUUUGGAUUAAAAGGACGAUUUUUUGGUGUUGUGAAAUUUGUUUUUGAACUGACUAUACGUCGGCAUCCAGUUGGGAGGAAGAUUGCUUUUUUGGAAGUCGUUCGUUGAGUCUCAGAGUAAUGAAGAUGUCGUCGACUGUUGGCGUAAAAAACGUUCCUACCGAGAACCAGACGAGCUGUAGCGACACCAACAUGUGCUUAGAACUAGCUCUAGAGGGCGAACGUCUCUGCGAAGCGGGAAAACCUGGAGCUGGAGUAGCCUUUUUCCAGGCGGCCUUACAAGCCGGUACCGACGACCUGCAAAUUCUCAGCGACAUCUACAGUCAACUGGGAAACGCUUACUUUAAUCUUGGCGACUACGCGAUGGCCAUGAAGUUCCACAAGCGCGACCUGGCCCUCGCGAGGUUCAUGGAAGACAGGCUCGGGGAGGCAGAGUCCAGUGGAAACCUGGGAAUCACGCUGAAGGCCAUGGGCCAAUUCGACGAAGCAAUGAUCUGCUGUAAACGUCACCUCGAGAUAUCCAGAGAAAUAGGUGACAAGCCGAGUGAGGGCAGAGCCCUCUACAACCUGGGAAACGUGUAUCUCGCCAGAGGACAAAAAAGCAGCCGAGCUGGACACCAGGGCACUGAAGAAGUCAAGGAGUGCUUGCAGCAAGCCGCCAACAACUACCAAGAGAACCUGGAAUUGAUGAAGGAAUUGGGUGACUCCGCAGCUCAAGGUAGAGCCUGUGGAAACCUGGGAAACACCUAUUAUCUGCUGGGUGACUUCCAGAAGGCCAUCAGCUGCUACAAGGAGAGAUUGAAAAUCGCCCGACAAUUCGGCGAUAAGACAGCUGAGAGACGGACCAGCAACAAACUCGGAAACUCCCACGUUUCCCUCGGCGAGUUCGAGAAAGCAGCUCAGCACUACAGGCGCACACUGAUGCUCGCGCAAGAGCUCGGAGAUCAGGCGUUCGAGGCUCAGGCCUGCUACUCUCUGGGAAACACCUACGUUCAGCUCCAGAAUUAUUCGGCAGCCAUCGAAUACUACUUGCGACAUCUCCUGAUAGCCCAGCAGCUGAAGGAUAGGGUCGGCGAGGGUCGAGGCUGCUGGUUCCUGACCGAAGCUUACUCUGCUGUAAGCAAUUACGAGCAAUCUCUUUACUACGCCAAACUGCAUCUUCAGAUCUCCAGCGAAUUGGGCGACAGUAUGGGCGAAGCUACCGCUCAGAUGAACGUAUCGAAUCUCCAGAAAAUGCUGGGCAUCGAGAAGAUCGACGACGAGAAGGAAAACGUCCUGAACACUGUUUCCGACGAUACCUCAGGCUCAUCAGGUUCUUCCUCCAGAACGUACAGACUCCGCAGGGAGAGUAUGGAAAAUCUUGACCUAAUGAAGCUUACGCCAGAUGGUAAGGCUAAGGUACCUGAACAGCCGUUGCGCCUCAGAGCCGGCAAGACCCCCCAGAUGUCUCAGAAGGCGAAGAAUAGCCGAAGAAUUAAUGAUCAGAUGAAGAAAAAAAGCUCGCUCAACCAGAACAAGGCAGGUAAUAAGGACAAGGACGAGGAGGAUCUGAUGCAACUGAUCGCUGGGAUGCAGAGCAAACGCAUGGACGAACAACGAGUAGCUCUGCCCUACCUGCCUGGGCUCAACACUACGAAGAGAAAGACGCCGGUCGAAUCGUCCAACCAGUCCCUGGUCGAAGAAGACUCGUUCUUCGAGAAGCUCGUCAGGUGCCAGAGCUACAGGCUCGAAGAUCAGCGCAGCACACUGCCAAACUGCCCUAGACUCAAGGAUGAUGACCAGGAGAACAACGAGAACGCAGCGUCCGGGGCUACCAUUCCGGAGGAGGAUCUGUUCGCGCUGAUUCAGAGGCUCCAGGCUGGACGGAUGGAGGACCAGCGCGCCAAAGGCCCGGACGAGCUGCAGCGUCAUAGAUAGCCUUUAGGCUUCUGUUCGUAAUGAAAUUAAAAUCUCUUUUUUGUCUUCCAUUUUCAACGCAGAGCAGCCUUUGAGAGACAGUGUACACAUUAGAGCCCCCUCGUUCUCUCUAAUUUUAAUCGAAUAAUUUAUCGUGCAUCGAUGGCGCUUUUCUCCCCCUUUUCAUGGGCGUGUAUAGACUUUGAUGCGUGUGCAGAUUGAUAUACCUACUUAUCGAGCGACGGAAAUAAAUAGCUGCUCUGCGCCAUGAAACGCAUAUUGCUUGUAUUUACACUGAGAAUGAGAGGUUUUCAAUUUUUUUUAAUUUAAAGAAUUCUAAAUGAUAAGUUUGAAUUGAAUUGAAUUGAUCAAAAAUAUCUUUAUUUAAGACUCAUAUAUAAAAUAAGCUGGAAAUCGUCUUGUAAUCGCGCCUCGAACAACUGAUAUUAAAAAGUAUAUCGGGCUAUGUAUAUAAAUAUAGGAGAUUUAGUUUUAUCGAACGAUAGUAUGAAAACUUAAGCAGCAUAUUGUUUCGUCUUACACAAGUAUCUCUCAGCAACAGUUAUCUCGUCUGAUGUAAUACAUAAGAAUCGACAACUGGGAAAGACCAUCGCAUGGAAUAGACGUAUACGCAGUUUUUAAUUUGAUGUAACAUGCGGAUAUGUCAAUCAACUCAAUUUCGUCGAUGUUUAAUUAUUUAAAAGCGAAAUAAAUUGUAAACUUAAUGAUAACAAAUAAAUAUAAUUGAGAGUUU